AUGCGCAUACAACAGAACACCACCUUUCUGCUACCAAUCUACCUACUACUCCCGCUAUUUAGCGACUUCACCAUUGCCAAACCGAUAGAAUAUGUCCGCGCAACAAUCAACGGCAUCCGCAGCCUCGUCCGAGACGACCGCCAGCCAUCCCUCUACACAACCGACUACACAGACUGCCUCAGCAACAGCGCCAUAAACAUCACUCGCUUCGACGCAGCGUACUACAAAGACAGCAUGACGAUCAUGUUCCAUCUACGCGGCGAGACGACACUACAAGACCACGUCAUGCUCAACAUUGCCGUCUUCGCAUACGGCGAGCCUCGUUUCUCACUCACCUUCAACCCGUGUGACGCGAAUAUCUGGAGCGCGUGUCCCGUUCGACCGGGAACUCCCAUCGAAGCCGCGGGUAUAAUACCGAUUAGCCCGGCCGAUGUAGCAGGGAUCCCGGAGGUGGCACUGGGUAUUCCGGACUUCGAGGGCCAGGUUGUUAUCCGGGUGUUUGCGAAUAAGACGGAAAGCGAGGUUGGGUUGUUUGCAGCGGGGAUUACGAAUGGGUGGAUGUUUCGACGGCAGUACUGCGUUGGGACUGUUGUAGCUGUUUUCACGCUUGUAGCGAUUGCGGCGUCGUUUGCCACUGCUGCGUGUGGCGAUGAUGUAUUCGGUAUGCGGAGUCAUUAUGCGCAUUCCAUGUCGGUUUCUGUUGUGUUUUCCGUGUGGCAGUAUGUUUUCUACAGCGGGGCGCUUGAGAUGGAUUGGCCGAGUGUUCUGAGUAUGAUUGAUGGGUUUGUUGGUGUGAAAGAGGGGGAUGGGGUACGGAAUCAUGUUGCUGGUGCAGCUCAAAGCGAUCCGUAUAUUGGAGGAGUCGAUAUUCAUCGGAUAUAUGGACGAGAUACUCUACCUACCGAGCUCGGUUUCCAGAACACUGUCAACAAGCGUUACCUAACCGAUAUUAACGGCGGAUUCAAGUACUCCGGAAAGCAAGUCAAGCCUGAAUUACCACUUCCGGGCGACUACUCUGGGUUUGCAGGCACACUUGCGACGCAGCGAAUUCCAGUCCGCAAUGCCUUUCUGACCGAGCUCCUCUGGCUUCUGUUCCUAUCCGCAUGCGCCAUUAUCUCAAUUCUCUCUCUGAAAGCAAUCGUCGAGACAUCGGUCGGUCUCCGCAUUAUACGCCAGAAUCGCCUCAGGUACUUUCGCUGUCACUAUCUUGCCUACAUUGUUGUAACAAUACUGCGCACCAUCUUCAUCAGCUUUUUCACGAUAAGUUUCCUCUGCAUAUACCAGUUUUCUUUGCCAGCGUCACCGGGAACCGUCGCUGUCACCUGCAUAGUCUUUGUAACUAUGGUGCUUGGACUCGGUAGCGUUGCUGCGUACGCUUGCUUCUCCAGGUUGCGUCUCAGAGGAUAUGUUUUCGAGCGAGACCAGAUCAACGAACCAAAGCAUCAAACAACUAAGCUCUUCUACGAGUUCUUCCGAGCUGGGUUUCUCGCUGGGGCUUCCAGGCAGCCUACUGUGCAGGUCUUUGGUCUACUGGCAAUCGAGACCAUUGCGUUCGUUACUUUUAUUCUCCUCCGGCCGUUUGAAGGACAAUGUCUAAAUGUAGUAGCGAUAUAUCUCCUCGGCUUCAGCAAGGUUACUACAACCACACUUUCUACAGCCUUUGAUCCGCGCUUCAGUAUCGCCCGCAUUCCCGCGACAGUGAUUGGGAUCGUCAUCAUUGUUAUCCAGGGCCUUUUGACUAUUGCAGUCAUGAUACUCAUCUUCAUUGGCGCUGUUUCGAGCUACAUGUCGAUGUCACGAGACCGUACAGAAAUGAAGCCAAAGAGUUGGACUGCAACCCGCAAGAAAUAUUUUGAGCACAUGGCUCUUGCAGAGCAAGAUGUUCCGCGAUCGAGAAAGCGCCCAGACCCAGAGGAUAUCAUAACCGGUGUCGCGAGAACCCCAUACUUUGAAGUAAAGCAAGUAAAGCGUGUGGCCAAGAUCGAAGACGAAGACACCGAAUUCAUGGAGGAGAUCUCCCAGAUCCCUUACCCAUCCCCUCCAGUACUAUCUUCAGAUCGCACUUUAGUCUCAGAUUCGCCGAGAUCUCUGCUACAGCGCAGCAGAACAGGCAGCUUCCAAUCACAAGCCUCAUACUCGAGCUUACUACCACGAGCAGCCCGCUUACAGCGUGCAAACUGGAGUGGGCACGACCUCAAUGACGCAACAGGAAGUAGACGCCACAGAGCCGUGAGAGAUACUAGUCUUGUUCCUCGACCAAGGCAUGUAGAGAAGCUCGAGGGAAAGCCAAGUCCCUGUGGGGCUUCGAUCAAGCGAUCGGAUACUCCCGCGCUCCUGUUGUAUUGGUAUGCAGACGGGGGUGAAAUGGAGCAUGUGGAGCAUGUGGCGCUGGUUAGAUUGAAGACGAUCUCUAGAACAAAGUUUGAGACGAAGACUAGAGAUUGA